AUGGACGCCAUACCCAUCUACCACGACGUAGCGGCCGUGCCGUCCAGCAUCGGCCACCACCGCGGCGACUUCCUCACCGCCGUCCCCUCCAACCGGUCCAUGUACCGCUACACCCUCCUCCUCCGCGCCACCUCCCUCCUCGUCGCCUCCAUCAUCCUCGGCCUGGUCGCCUUCGCCCAGCCGCCCGACGGCGCCACCGACGACUUCCUCGCCGCCAGCAUCCUGUCCUUCGGCACCCCGACCGCCGUCUUCGCAUGGACCGCCGGCGGCCACGGAUCGCCGCGACGCAGCACGCGCUUCAGCUGGGGCCGCCCCAACUCCCACGUCGCCGCCCACCUGCUCAUCUGGGCGCCCACGUUGGCCUUCAUCGGCGUGCUCCUCAGCGCCUGGCGGACCUACGCGCGGUUCCCCGUCCGGGCCCUGUAUCGCAUGAACCUGACCGCUGCCUUGAUCUUCUUUAUGUUUGUCCUCGUGACGGUCCACUUCUCGCUCUUCGUCCUCGCCUGCGUCGAGGUCGACAAGAACAGGCGGCAGUACUCGGACGUCGUGUACCUCCCGCGCGGGGACCUGCGCGAGACCGUGCCGGUGCCGCCGACGACCCCGUGGGAGCUCUUCUCGCCGAGGCAGCUGGUGCUCUCGUACUUUGCGAACCACUACGUCCGCUUCGUGACCGGGGCCGACGGGACCGUCACAGUGGCCCGGGACUACAGCAGUCGCCAGGCGAGGUUCUGA